GCACACGCGCACACAACAAAGCCAUAAAAGUCAAAUUUUCAAAGAGUCAAAAAUUGUAGCGUUUUCUUACUAACAACAAGUCAUAAAUAAUUAAUUUUUCUUCAAAAUCUCAUUUAAAUUUCGUUAAUUAAAUCAUUAAUUCUUACUACUUAAACCUAGUUUAUUUUAUCUCUCAUCAUCACAUCCCUUCACAACAUUUUCUCCUUUUUCUUUUUCAAUUUUUCUUCUUCUCUCAUUUUCUUGACCCCAUCCUUCUUUGAAUAUAUCUAUAUAAAGCCUCUACCCUUCUCUAUCUUCUUUGUAAUAAGCCAAAAACCUCUUUCUCUUUCUCUCUCAAAUUCUUUACCUCUUCAAACUAUAACCAAACCAAUUCCACACAAAGUUCUUAAAUCAAAAGCCAUAUAACUAGCUUAUAUAUCUAUUGAUUAAGUUCAUUUUGUUAUAUAUCAAACAUAUACAUAAAAUUUCAUGGAAGUAAAAGGAAGUGUAAUUAGCAACUCAAACAUCACCAUGCUCCAAAGUGAAGAUGAUGAGUUGGAUCUUCGACGAGGUCCAUGGACCGUUGAUGAAGAUCUUGCUCUCAUCAAUUACAUUGCAAAUCACGGUGAAGGUCGAUGGAAUACUCUUGCUCAUUCCGCUGGACUCAAACGAACUGGCAAGAGCUGUAGAUUGAGAUGGUUGAAUUAUCUUCGUCCAGAUGUUAGACGCGGUAACAUCACACUCGAAGAACAACUUCUUAUUCUUGAACUUCAUAGUCGUUGGGGAAACCGAUGGUCAAAAAUUGCUCAAUAUUUGCCGGGAAGAACUGACAACGAGAUCAAGAAUUAUUGGAGAACGCGUGUUCAAAAACAUGCCAAACAACUCAAAUGUGACGUGAAUAGCAAACAAUUCAAAGAUGCCAUGCGCUACCUUUGGAUGCCAAGGCUAGUGGAGCGAAUCCAAGCCGCUGCAUCCACCUCUGUUGCCACAGCCACCACCACUAAUAAUUAUGGUUCUCCAAGCGUUACAACAACGGUCACCACCAACAAUCAUCCGACAUACAUCCAUAACAACAAUUUUGAGGGUCAUACGAAUAUGAUGUUAACUCCAACAAUUAUGAACAACAACAAUAACUUAUAUGGUUCACAAGUAACACAAAGUCAUACUCCAGACAAUAGUAGCAAUGGCGCGGCUGCAUCAUCAGAUUCGUUUGGGACACAAGUUUCGCCUGUCUCGGAUUUGACUCAAGACUACUACAAUGUCGCGGUUGGUAGUAACAAUGGUAACAAUAACCCUAAUUCUGAUUAUUACCAACAAUUUGGCUUUGAUUGCAUCACUAGCCCUUCAGGUUUGUUCCCUCAAAUGGAUUUCAAUUCCAUGGAACCAAACACUCCAUGGAUUCAAGGGGACACAUCCGACAAUUUCUGGAAUGUUGAAAACAUGUUGCUCUUGCAACAACUCAAUGACAACAUGUGAAAAUAAGGAAAUUAAUUAAAAAAAGAGGGUUAUUAUGAAAUAUUUUACAGAUGAUAAAAAUAAUAGAACUAGAAAAAUGAGCAAAUUAAUAAAUUCUUAUGUAGGACACACAUGUAGAUUUUAAAUUAAGGAAUAUAAGAACAAAGAAGAAAAAUGUGAA